CAUGCUCAAAUUUGUUAUUACAUGGAAGCCUACAGUUGAGUUAUUUUGCUUGUCUAACCCAAAAGAUGGGCCAGCUGACGUGAUAUCAGCCACAUAAAGGCAUUGUGUAAAAUUAAUGCAUUUGCAAAUUGUGAACCUGCCCUUGCAUGAUGGCGGAUGAAUGUGUCCGUGGGGCAGACCGCAACAUUAAUAUACCUCACCAGUAGUGAAGCAUCGGCCGCCAGUGGCGUGGACAUAUCAGGAAGACAACAGACAAAUUCAUUGAAAUCAAAUUUGGGAGCUCUGUUUCUAGAAGAGAGACAGAGAAAAAAGCCCCGGAAAGACCCGCUCGUUUCGUCAUUUUGAGAUCCGAAGGGGAGGAUUUCUUCAUUCCCAGAAAAUUUCUCCGCAUGACCCGCAUCAUUUUGGGAGGUAACAAAGUGGAGCACCGGCGUCUUUCCUCAUUCACGAAUGCUACAAUGUGACGGGCGCUUUGAUCGCAAUCAUCCGGAGCUCAUGUUUGUGUGCGCGAUCGUACUCUUGUUUGGCUGAAUUCAAGAAAAGCAGACAAGGAAGGAGAGGAAGUAGAAUAGAGCAGUUGACUCCUGCGAGCUCUGCACCACAAGUUCCCUUAGCUCCUUCUGAGCAGACCUGGAGUCAUGAGUUGUCAGGAGGUUCCGAACCCCAGCCAGGAGCCGAAGGACACGGCUGUUGUCCCCACAGAGGCUGGAGCCACACAGGCGGUACCGACAACGUCUCCAAAGCUUCCCUCAGUGAGUGUAAAGGCGGAGGUGGCGUCUCCUGAGUCUGUGGCCAGUAACGGCAAAGCGAGUGAUCCGAAUUGCUCUUACAUUUGUGGAGUAUGUGGCAAAAAGUACAAGUACUACAACUGCUUUCAGACACAUGUCCGAGCUCACACAGACACUGAGGCUGCUGCUUCUGGAGAAGGAGCAUCUCUGGGAAUCAAUAGUUCUUUCCGCUAUACAUGUGACGUAUGUGGGAAAAAAUACAAGUACUACAGCUGUUUUCAGGAGCACCGUGACCUCCAUGCAGUUGAUGAUCCAUAUGACCAUGUGAUACCAGUAGAAGACCUUAAAGGGGAGACUGAAUCCUACCAGAAAAUGGGACCAAAAACGGGAAGCUACACGUGUGAGUACUGUGGAAAACAGUACAAAUACUUCAACCCCUAUCAGGAACAUGUGGCUCUUCACGCUCCAAUGAAAGGAAAUUACGGUCUUAAAAUGGAAGGGAAAAUGUCUAGCCAGUCAGGCCAGUCCAGUCGUGCUGACAUCAACAAUUCCCAGAACUCAAGUGAUACUCCAAACAGCCGGACUUAUUCUUCCCGUCCCAGCCCUCAGAAAACCUACACGUGUGGAGCCUGUGGAAUUCAGUUCCAGUUCUACAACAACCUCCUGGAGCACAUGCAGUCCCAUGCUGCUGAUAAUGAGAACCAUGUUAAAGAUGAGUCUCCGAAGCCUUGCCAAGCGCCUGUGGCUACACAGGAGCAGAUGUGGAAAUCUCCUCAGCCGGCACAACAGAGAAACCACGUACCGUCUUUUCAGAACAGAUUACUUCCAGAAAAGGAGAGACAACAAGUGGCUGAACGUUUGCUGAGAGUAAUGUGCGUAGACCUCGGCCUUCUUGGCGUCCUCAGCAGCAAAGACUUCCUGAAGCUUGCGCAGACCCUGGUGGACACAGGUUCACGUAAUGGGGCCUACUCCAUUCGUGAAGCCCUCGGAGAUAUGAGCUCGCUGGCAUUAAAACAGCUCCCCCGUAUGUACAAUCAGGUCAAAGUGAAAGUUACCUGCGCCCUGGGGUCCAACUCUUCCUUGGGUAUUGCAGUGACCUGCCAUUCCCAGACUUUAGGACCAGACUCCUGCUAUUUGCUGACAGCGUAUCAAGUAGAGGGAGUGCGACUCCGACGCUAUGUGCUGGGACUCAAGGAGGCCUCUUUAAGGGAGAGUCCUGAGCAGAUACACCACUGGGUCCAGAAUGUUCUGUCAGAGUUUGUCAUGUCAGAAAUCCGAACAGUCUACGUGACAGAGCCACGCUUGUCUUCGUUAGCCUUUUGCGGUCGCACCGGAAUUGGCCUUCGUUGCACAGGUUGCUCUCUAACAGCCACGGUUCAGGCUGUUCUCGGUCGCCGCAACUUGCAAGCACGAGGGCUCCAUGAACUAGGAGAGCUUCUAGCUACCUGUCGUGACAUUGCUGCGACGACCAGCUUCAGUCAUGAAGAAAAAGCUGCGGAAGAGCCUGCCGCACCGCCCUGCUGGGAUGCAGUUGCAGAGGCCUUGCUCAAGGUUCACGAGAACUUUGAGGCCACCUGUGAAGCGUACGGCCGUUCGAAGAGCACUGUGCCGCUCUUGCAAGGCCUGAACAAGCACCUGCUUGGCACGCUUGCAUGUUUGCUUGCACCGCUAAGACAGGCAGCACAGGAGCUGAGUGUGGAACGCUGCCCCACGCUCCAACACGUCCUUCCCGUCUACCUCCGUCUCGAAAAACUUUUCACCUCCAAAGCCGGUGAAGCGGGUGCUGGCAGUAAGCUUUGCCACUACUUCCUGGAAGCCCUGAAGGAGAACUUCAAAGUGGAACGUGUCCAUCAAGUCGCAAUGAUCCUGGAUCCACAGCUGAAGCUGCGGCCAGUCCCUGCAUACCAGCACGAGGACAUUAUAUCAAGGGUGUGUGACAUUGCUGCUAAUAUGAGGGAAGCCGGAAGCGGUGGUUCUGGGGGUACGUCUGUGGACGAGCGGGAUAGUGAAGGACCGUCAGCACCCAAGCGUGGCCGCCUGGACUGUGGAUUGGAGAGGCCAUCGUGUGAUGCUGAAGAGCCACAGGUACGAAAAGAGUUGUUCCAGUACCUCGGCGAACCACUUUUCAAUGGCACAGGUGACCUGUUGCAGUACUGGAGUUCAGUGAUGGACAGAUACCCCAGGCUGUCGAGGUUAGCACUGUGGUUGCUGGCUGUACCGGCUGUAGCUGUGCAUGGAGAGUGCGUGAGCAUCUGCGAGCAGACCUUAGCUAUGAAGAGAAAGCAGCAGGUCACUGCGGAGGAGAUGAACAAGCUGGUCUUCCUCAAGAGUAAUUUUGCUUGAGACUGCUCAGGGCUUUUAGCUAAUGGCACCAUAGACUGUUUGAAAUGGAGACUUUUUGAAUCAGAUAUACUGGUCACUUCACUUUACCCCUUCCAAAAAUCUGAUUUACAGUAAGUGUCUAUCAAUGAAGCACAUGAUAGAGAUUUACUAAGGAAAGGUAGAUUUACAACUAAUUCACAAACAACCCUUCAGACUAUACAGUAGCUUGGCAUUGGCAGUUGCAACAGAUGCAACUUGAUGAAGAUACAGUUUGCCCGAGGACACGGACGUGAACUUGUGUUUUCGAUGUUUCAGUUGAAUUACCACUUAAAAUUGUGAUGGUGUUUUUAUCAGUAUAUGGUUCAUCCAUCUGUCUUUUCUUUCUGUGGAAUCCAUCUGAAAUUCAGUCGAUGGAUUAUUGAAAUCAUACACAACAUACUUUCCAUAUAGUGAAGGAAAAAACGGGGUACUUAGAAAAAGCCAUUUCUUUGCAAUUACGCCUUUAUAAAAACCACAAACACUCUUUGCUGUGACAUCCAAACGAUACCUCUCUUUAGUGAUUUAUCAGAGGGCAGAUCAAGCUUGUAGAGGUGUAAGUCUUGUUGUAGGCAGGCCCUGAUUCAGUAAUUUCAGUUAACCGGUUUGAGUGUGUUAAGCUCUUGUUAAGCCUCAGGAGUGUAAGGCCAGCAGAACUCAAAUUUAUACUAGGGUCAUAUAGAUGGUUUUGCAAUUAUUUAUUUUAUUUUAUUUUAUUUUGUCAGUUCUCACAAUAACGUUGCAAUAAAUGUUCCGUAGCAGAAGUUAUACUGUCAAGCUGACUUUGAUGCCUUGCACCUUCGUAGCAGCCUUUUUUUUUCAUUACAGCUCACUGGGAUAAUUUCCUUAUACAAUACAAUCUGCAAUACCUGAAACAGCCACUUAAACCCCAAGAUUGGAUCCCCAAUAAUAUUGGGUCAUAGAAGUAUACAGUGGGGAAAAUAUUUAUUUGAUCCCCUGC